GUCAUCGAAUGCAGGUUGUGAUUUUGUAAAUUCCGCAGAUUUCUCUCAUCGCCAACGGUGACUCACUCAAUGCAAGCAAGGCACGUGUGGGGCGCAUGGGUUCGACUCCCCAGCCUGCUCCCAGAGCAUAAAAUCCACCAAACCACCGACUCGCGAUCAGACGGCAAUCGCCACCAUCCUCACAGCUUACACCAACACCACCAGCAACAUCUACAUACCACUACCAUCACCAACACCACCACCCAGAGCCUCCACUGCAGACUCUGUGCAGGAGAGAGACACGUUUGGUCUGUGUAGGUACACAGCGGGGUUGCGUGUCUGCGGUGAAGUUCUGUUUAACGGCUCUCCGGGGGAUCUGUGCCUUUAUUUGGGUGGAGGUGCUCGUGUUUGCCGGGUGAGGCGCGUGCCCGGCCAGGAAUGCUGCGUGGCCCGGGUCUGCUCCUUGCGCCACGGCCACCACCAUCGCCACAGCACCGGGAUGCGCUGACGGAGUUCCCACCACCCAUCCGACUGCACCUGCUGCUGCUCCUGCCCUGAGCUGGGCAAGACCCGGCCGCGGUGCGCAGGAGGUGGUUUGAUGUGCUGACCUUUAACGGGCGUCGAGGAGGUGCGGCGAAGGACGUGCAGUGAGGAGGUCCGGAGCAGAGGAGGAACCGCACGGAUCCUGAGUGGGAGCCGCAGAGGAGGAGACGGUGCUGGUGGUGGUGGCCGAGAUUCUCGGAGAGAGACGAUCCCUGGCUCUUGUCCCCACGUGGACCGAGAGGUCACACUUGUCGUGGACCGGAGUGGGUGCAAGAGGUCGUGAGGACAUCGCCGUUCGACGAGGUGGUGGCAUCUGUCUGCUGGUGGCACCAAUCUGCUGGACUGACAUCGGUUAGCCUUGAGCGAUCGGAUCCGCCGAUCGUCCAAUCCACUCCUCAUAAAUAAGGGGGGGGGGGGGGGCUCAUCAUCAUCAUGCCUGGCACCGAGGGGGGCUCUGCGGGGGUCCCGGCGGGACGGCCUCGUUUUCGCGAUGGGGUGAGGGUGCGCACAGCCAUGGCGAGCAAAUGUAUGCGGGGGCUGACGGUGGCGGGCUUGAGGAGGUUCCUCGCCCGGAACGCCUUCGUCAUUUUCACCCUACUGGGAGUCGUCUUGGGUAUCGUGAUGGGCUUCUGCCUGCGCGUGUACCCGCUGUCUCGCCGCGAGGUGCGAUACUUCCUCUUCCCGGGGGAACUGCUCAUGCGCAUGCUGCACAUGCUCGUGUUGCCGCUCAUCGUCUCCAGCCUCGUCACGGGGAUGUCGACGCUGGACCGCAAUGCGUCAAGUCGCAUGGGCGUGCGCGCCGCCGUAUACUACAUGAUCACCACGCUGCUCGCCGUCUUCGUGGGCAUCGUCAUGGUGAUGGCCAUCCAGCCCGGCCGAGGGGGUCGCGACGCUCCCAGGGCGCACAACCAGCUGGAGCGCCUCCACGCCGCCGACGCGUUCCUCGACCUCAUCCGGAAUAUGUUUCCCCCAAACCUAGUGGAGGCGUGCUUCAAACAGUACAAGACUCAGUAUGAGGCGGUGAAGAUUCCAAGAGGCCACGCCACCACCACCGCAGCCACCGCAGCCACCGCCACCGCCGCAACAACAACAACAACAACCGAGCGCUUGAGCCUGACGGUCGCCGUGAUGAACGCCACGGCCGAGCUGCUCCGGGGGAACGCGACCUCUGCGGAGGAGGCGGCCGGCUUCCUGCUCAACGCCACGGCGGCGCUGGCGGCGAUGCGGCCCGGCGAGGCCGACCCGGCCGGCUCGGCGGCGCCAGUCGAGGAGGAGGAGGAGCUGGUGCCCGCCGCCGGGUCCAGCAACGGCAUGAACGUGCUGGGCCUCGUGGUGUUCUCCAUGUGCUUCGGGCUGGUGUUGAGCAGCGUGCGCGAGCGCGGGCAGGUGGUGCGUGACUUCUUCGACAGCCUCAACGAGACCAUCAUGAAGCUCGUCACCAUCAUCAUGUGGUACGCACCGGUGGGCAUCAUGUUCCUCAUCACGGGCCGCAUCCUGGAGAUGGAGGACCUGGGCGCCGUCGGGGGCCAGCUGGGCCUCUACACGGUGACGGUGAUUGCCGGCCUCGCCGUGCACUCCCUCGUGGUGCUGCCGCUGCUCUUCUUCCUCUUCACGCGACGCAACCCCUGGACGUACAUCGGCGGAGUCCUGCAGGCCCUCGUCACGGCCCUGGGGACCUCGUCCAGCUCUGCGACUUUACCCGUCACCUUCAAGUGCCUGGAAGAGAACCUCGGGGUGGACAAGAGGGUGACUCGCUUCGUGCUGCCCGUCGGGGCCACCAUCAACAUGGACGGCACGGCGCUGUACGAGGCCGUGGCAGCCAUCUUCAUAGCGCAGGUCAACGACUACGAGCUCAACCUGGGUCAGAUCAUCACCAUCAGUAUCACGGCCACAGCCGCGAGCAUCGGUGCGGCUGGAAUACCGCAGGCCGGGCUGGUCACCAUGAUCAUCGUCCUCACGUCUGUGGGGCUCCCCACAGAGGACAUCACCCUCAUCAUCGCCGUGGACUGGUUCCUGGACCGACUGCGCACCACCACGAACGUGCUGGGCGACUCGCUGGGCGCCGGCAUCGUGGAGCACCUGUCCCGGCACGAGCUGGCGCGCCAGGACGCGCUCGAGAUGGCGGAGGCCGGCAUGGAGGGGGACGGCGGUGGCAUCGCCCCCCGCAAGGGUUCCAUGUACCAGCCCAUCUGUCCCGAGGAGCCUCUCGGCUGCCGGGCACGCGUCCCACACGCCGGCGGCACCACCGCAGCCAGCAGCCUGGAGACCAACAUGUGAAGCGUGGGGAGGGUCAUGCGCCCGCAGGGCCGGCUGUGCUCGCAGGGCCGGUUGUGUUCGCAGGCCAUGCGGUUGUGUUCGCAGGGCCAUGCGCUCGCAGGGCCGGCUGUGCUCGCAGGGCCGGCUGUGUUCGCAGGGCCAUGCGCUCGCAGGGCCGGCUGUGUUCGCAGGGCCGGCUGUGUUCGCAGGCCAUGCGGCUGUGUUCGCUCGUAGCCAUUGCAAGUGGGCCAGCUCGAUCCAAUAAGAUCUGUUAUAUCAACACCAUGUACAAGUCACCCGUGUUAAAUCACAGCCAUGAAAACUCAGCUCUAUCCAAUCAGAUCGAUUGCAUUUGCCGUUGUAACUUGCUGACCCGGCCAUACUGGACAUCCGUGAAAAAGAGCUUCAUAGCUCAUCGGAUUCCUCCAGUAUAAAUAUUCUGAUUUUGAACACCAUGACAAGUCAGCUGUGUUGAAUCGCAGCCAUUAAAACGCUAUUCAAUUAGUACGUCUCCACAAUAUGAAGGCCUCCUUCACACGAUGUGUUUUUGUGAAGGAUGUGUAUUGUUUGCUUAUUUUGUUAUAUAUAUUCUCCACAAAGAUGUUCGUGAUUAUUUUGUGUAAUCUAUUCGACCAAAUCCACUACAAGUAUUGAUGUCUAUUAAAUCGCUUCCAUUAAAUCGGACCUUACUCUUUGGUUCUUUCCGUAAAGUCACGUAGGUAUAAAAUAUUAAAAAUAUAUAUAAACUAUAUUUAAAAAAUGAAAUAAAUAGGAAAUUAUUUUAUUUUUGAUUUUCUACCUACGUGACUUUACCGAAAGAACCAAAGAGUAUGGAUACCUGCAGUCACGAAAACUUCAAAUCUAGAAUAAUCGGACCUCUUACAAUUUAAACACAUCUGUGACAAACUGUCUUGGCAGUCGUGCACAAGCACACAUGGCAAAAAGCAAUUAUUUCGUCAAUGACAUCCCUCAACAAGAAAAAAUAUAAAUUUACAUGAGUGACGUUUGGGGGAAUGGCCCUUCAUAGCAUCUCUCUGCUAUUAAUCUCUUUGCUAUGCAGAAGGACCGUUGCCCAAAAUGUCACCUAAUAUAUCGUUUCCUCUCCAAUGCCAUGGUAUUGAUGAACGUGUUGAGUUUUUAGUGCAAGCCAGUUGUAUUCAUUCAGACCCAUUGCAGACAAGUUCUCUAUGGUCCGGGGCAAUGAAGAUGGGAGGAAUCUACGAUCAAGUCACCCAGAAUGUGCCACAUCCUAUCCUAGCAGAGCUCAGAAACUAGCAGGGCUGAGUCUGGUUGUUGCCUGGGUGGGAGACUGCCUGGGAAUACAAGGUGGUGGUGUGAGCGAUGACUGCAUGGUGACCACGAGAUGCAGUACAGCAAAUAGAUUCUUGAAUGUAUCUGUACAGAGCUUGGAGUGUAACCGCCACGUACGCAAAGCAUGUUGGGUCUACGAGCGGUUGUAUCUUUGCACAGAUAGGCCGGUAAUCAACUUGCUGUACUACAUCCCACUUAUAUUGUGUUUUUUCUUCUAUGGAUGAAUAUCAUAUGCACACAAUGGCUCAAAAUUUGCGUGUGUAACAGUGCAGUAAUAUUGUGCUGCACACAUUACUGUGCUGGGCAGCUUUAGAGGGAGUUCAACUUAUUCCCACACGCGAAACCCAACAGCCUAAUCACGACAUUGUGUACUGUGCUGGAUUCAUAUUUACUCAGGACUCAACCUUCUCUCUGAAUAUUUUCCCUGGUCACUGGUAGAUUGGAGUGGGUGGUACGUGACUACUUUAGUAACCACAGCCAUAAACGAGAGGUAUACUGGAUGUGGUGUGCAGGGUAAGGAAAUAUUUGACGCGUCGCCGACCUGGAGAGACCCGGUUGAAAUGAAUCCCUCUUGUGUAUUAUGUGGUAGGAGACUGUAUUGCGUUCUAUUACUGUGCCGGUGUAAAGGCUAGAUUUGUGUACAAUGUGCCUAAGUGCAUAUCUUGUGUGUGUGCAGUGGUCUGUAAAGAAGUAAAAGUUACACUAAUCACAU